AUGGAUAACAAUACCACAACUACCGAAGAAAAUGCCAGACAAAGCUCCAAAUUAUCGCUAGGCUCAUCGCCGUCUGUCCUGAGCGCAGAUGAGCAAUUGGAAGGCGAUGGUCCUCUCACUCCAAUUGAUAAAAUGCAAGACGACGUCGAGGAUGAUGACGACGAUUUGUCUGCCUUGAACAGUAUAUUGCAAGCUGGUUCGCCUGGCUCUUUGUCUGAUGAGGAAGAGGAGGAAGACGAUGAAGAAAGAGUAUCUGAAGGUGACGAUGAGGACGAGGAAGAGGAAGAAGACGAAGACGACUUGCAUACUGAGCAGGACUCUGCCUCUCCACUGUCGUCUGUGCCCGAUGACUUUCCCUUAUCAAGGUCGGCAUCUCCUGAUCUACCGCUGGUGGAAAAACUGCAGCAAGACGAAACUGAAGCUGAUGGCGAAGAUGAAGAUGAAGAGGAGGACGAGGAAGAAGAGGAGGACGAGACGACCGGCAAUACCAAUGCUACUACUACUCAUAUCAGUACCAAGGACCAAGACGAUAACGACGAGGAUGAUAACGACGAAGAGCAGGUAGUAGAAAAAGCCAUGCCCAAAAUCAACAAUCGAAAGCUUUCAAUGACGGGCAACCUGAACAACACGAAGCGUCGGAAGGAAGAUACCAAAAAGAAGGCAGAACCCAAAGACGAGAGUGAUUCUGAGCAUGGUCCUAGUCCCUCCAAGAAAGCAAAGCCAUCUGAAGCCUCCUCUACAGCCAAGGAGAGCAGCAAAAACACCGAUACAAGCAGCAGUAGUGAGGAUACCAUUGUGAUGAAUAAUACCAAGAAGCGCCGUGCCUCUCGAUCUACACUAGAGAUAUUUGAAGCACCUCGCACUCGCAGAAGACAAAGCCGACAGGAUGAAUUAAUUGCGAAAACUGAAAUAGAGCAAGUGAUAGAAAAAGCGACAACCACCACUCAAAUCGAUGAAACAGCCACAGAAUCCAUAAACAAGGAUGCCAAAUCAGAAGAGAAACAGGUUUCCGCUGAAGCAACCAGUAAUGAACAUGACAAAGAUGCCGAUAGUUUUGAUAAACAAGAAGAGCAUAAACAAGAGCCUGUUACACCUGAGCAAGAUGAGCCAACGGAGGGCGAAGAAGCUGAACACGGCGAGGAUACAGAGGAGCAAAGAGGGAACCACGAAGCUCAAGACAAUGAUGAUCAUGAUUACCAGCACAGACACCAAGAAGCACUGGAUGCAUUGACUCAUAUAGAAAUCGAAUUUGCUAGAUUACGAGACAAAAUGUAUCAAGAGAAAAUGGCAGAAUUACACGACGAAGCUCGCAUGAUUGCAAAUGGCACACAUCCCGAAUUGGUGACAUUACUAGCAGAAAUUGAGGAGAAGAAAGGCAAACGCAUCCAUAGUGCAGAGGCAUGGAGAAAAUACCAGCAUGAUAAUUUCAGGCAGCAAUUUGAAGGAUUAGAAUACCAAGCCAACAUCCAUUUCAUAUCACAGAAGAAUGCGCUACGACGUGAUCUGCUAAGCAAGAUCAAUGGUAAACGAUGGAACAUGGAAGACGAACGCACAAAGUUAAAUGACCCUGCCAGAGGCGAGCGUGUAUUCCCGGAUGGUCGAGAGUUAGUAGCACACAAACGAGAACAAAAAGAGGAGACAGGUGAAUUGCAAGACAUCAAAGAGGCCGUUGGAUUCCCUAUGGCGCCCAAUCCAUCUGGCCUUAGUAUACAAGAUGUGGACGAUGAUUUGAAGCUGUUGGGCAUCAAACACUCGUAA